AUCGUAAACAAUGUGAAUAGCUACAGUGAAGUCAUUUUUGGUGGUCGUGCCAUUUGAAAUUCCAACGAAUUUUCCCGGAAAUAAAAUUGUGCGCGAAAAUUGGUGUAAAAUUUAAUUUCAACCCAAUUGUAAUGCAAAAAUUGUGAAAAAUCCACCGUCAACGGAAUAAAUUGUUUGGUGAAUGUGAGUGGAGCGCGUGGGGCGCUGUAUCGUUACGUGUGAUUUUACUUCGUAUACAUGAGCGCAUUCGUACAUUCCAUGUAUUGUCAUUCCGAUUGUGUGUCGAUGAAUCAGAAAAAAAAAUACUCGGCUACAUUUGUAACGAAUGUUUUCCCUGUCCAGAACUAACCAGCCCAUAUAUACACACGCACAGAAGGAAAAAACCAGAGCGAAACAUAUCGAAUAAAGAGGCAGGACAGUAUUAACACACAAAAAAAGUGUUUGAUUUCCAUUGAAUUUGCUAAAUUUAGUAGUGCAACAAGUGUCAUAAAAAAAAUUGUGGUUUUUGUAUAAGAUUUGCUGUAAGCAUUAGUGGAAUCGACAACGACAACGACGACAACGACGGGAAAGUGAGCCGUGUUCGUAUUUUGUUGCGUUUUAUUGUUGCUUCAAUGUGCUGUAAUUAAUGAGUGUGCGUGAGUGUUUCAAACUAAAUUGAAAACAAAACGAAACAAUCGAAACGGAAUCAAUAUCUGCGGAAAGGAAAUAGAAUCGCUAGAAAGGAGAAGAAGAAAAAAAAAGCAAAUUGAAUACGAUAACAAGGGACGUGCAGAUAAAAAAGAAAUCCGCACAACAAACGAAUAAAUAAAAAGUGAAGAAAACGAAAACAAAAAAAAAAUUAUAUAUCACAAAUCACGUAAAAACAAGAACGCAUCAAAAUGGGUUGUGCAGUGAGUGCAUCGAGAGAUAAAGAGGCGAUAGAACGAUCGAAAAACAUUGACAGGGCAUUGCGUCUCGAUGGCGAACGUGCAGCAUCCGAAGUGAAGCUAUUGCUUUUGGGUGCGGGUGAAUCAGGAAAAUCGACCAUUGUAAAACAGAUGAAAAUCAUCCAUGAAACCGGCUAUUCACAAGAAGAAUGCGAACAAUAUCGACCAGUUGUCUACAGCAACACAAUACAAAGUUUAAUGGCAAUAAUACGCGCCAUGGGACAACUACGGAUCGAUUUUGCUGACAUCAACAAAACGGAAAUUGCACGGCAAUUUUUCACAUAUGCGUCAGCAGCUGAGGAAGGUGUCUUAACACAUGAGCUAGUUUCACUGAUGAAGAUUCUGUGGGCAGAUCCUGGAGUACAGAAAUGCUUUGCAAGAUCACGCGAAUACCAAUUGAAUGAUUCAGCUGCAUAUUACUUAAACUCACUAGAUAGAAUAUCACAUCCAAACUACAUUCCAACGCAGCAAGAUGUCCUAAGAACACGAGUCAAGACAACUGGCAUCGUCGAAACGCAUUUCAGCUUCAAAGGCCUACAUUUCAAAAUGUUCGAUGUGGGCGGCCAACGUUCCGAACGAAAAAAGUGGAUCCAUUGUUUCGAAGGUGUGACAGCGAUCAUCUUUUGUGUGGCUUUAUCCGGUUAUGAUUUGGUGUUGGCCGAAGACGAAGAAAUGAAUCGCAUGAUUGAAUCAAUGAAAUUAUUCGAUUCGAUAUGCAAUUCAAAAUGGUUCGUUGAAACGUCAAUCAUUUUGUUUUUGAACAAAAAAGAUUUAUUCGAAGAGAAAAUAUCGCGUUCACCAUUGACCAUAUGCUUCCCGGAAUAUACCGGUUCAAAUACAUAUGAAGAAGCGUCUAGUUACAUAAGAAUGAAAUUCGAAAAUCUCAAUAAGCGAAAAGAUCAAAAAGAAAUUUAUACACAUUUGACAUGUGCAACCGAUACCAAUAACAUUCAAUUUGUAUUUGAUGCGGUCACCGAUGUCAUCAUAAAAAACAAUUUAAAAGAUUGUGGUCUAUUUUAAAAUGGAGACCAACACAGUGUGCGCUUAUCAUAAAGAACAUCAAAAUCUUUUCCGAUCUUAAGAGAGAAAAAAAGUUCAUCCAAUUAAAGAGAAGAACAUAGCUUAAAAGAAAUCGUAACUACAAUUAUCUUGAGGUAAUAGAGAUAUCGAUAGAACAGGGUUCCCGUUUCAAUUAAUAUAUACAUAUUGACAGACAGACAGAAGGCGAAAAUGCAUCAAACAACACAAAGAAAAUUUCAUGAACAAUAACAAGAACAACAACCAUAUCGAACGAUCGAAUCAUCGACAUUUUUUUCUUUGUUUAAGAUUUUCUGUGUUUUUUUUUCCUUUUUAUUCUGGACAACAAACAACAAAGCGACAGUUUGCUAAUCAUUGCCAGUCAAAAUUUAUUCGAACAUUCAAUUACAUUCACUAGAGCUCAAUGCCCGGCGCCUAGUCUCGCUCUAACUAGUUAAUUAUAUCACAUGUUAACCGAACGCAAUCGAAAAUCGCAAACAAAUGAUCUGUCGCAAUUAAAUUUGAUCUAAUUUUUCGGCACAACGAUUUUUCUCAUCUCUUUUUUACUCUUCUUUUUAUUUUGGUAUUAAUGCAACCUAUUGUAUUAACGAUAUGACGACAAUUCAUAAGACCUAAAUAUAUGUAUAUUUUUUUUUUUAAUUUUCGUUUAUCGUCACGAAACAAUUCUUUACAACAAUUUUUUUUUCGUUCGUAGUAAAGUUUACUAAUUUAUUUUCACGCACAAGACAAAUUAGCUAGAAAUCAGGUUUUCGUAUUUAUUACUUGAUACUUGAUUUUUUUUUUGCUAAGAAGGUAUUUUUUUUCUCUCUCGUCGAUCCGUACACCAUUCAUCAUGAGAUUUCAAUUUGUAAUGAAUAUACUGAUUUUUUGUUGUUGCUCAAACUCAAUCAUUUUGAGAUUAGCUGCAUAUGCCAUGGAUCAAAGUAUCAUUUGUUUUAAGACAAAAAGCCGAUUCUGCUUUCUUAAUUACUCAAACACAGACUUAUUUUCUCGAGUUUACACAUUCUUCUCUCAAUUUUGUAUUUUUCCUGCAUUGAUUUUUGUUAAACAACCACCUAAUCUUUCAAUUGAUAAAUACAGAGAAUCAAAAUGGAAAAACAAUGUGAAGAGAGAUUUUACGCGCACAAAUUUAUAUGUAAAAAAAGCAAAAGCAAAACGAUAUCUGUAAAGAUCAAAACGAAGAAGAAACAGAAGAGACACUAUUUUCGAGAAUAAUAGAUGGAUUCUUAUUAUAUGAUAUACACAAUAAUUCCAGUUACAUAGUUGUUUUUUAACGAAAUCGAUGUUAUUUAAAUACAUUAUACCGUAGCGAACACGUGAAAAUCAAAAACAAUCAAAUGUUUUUACUCCAGUUUCAAUCGAAAUGUGUUUUUUUAUUACAAAACGAGAAAAAAAAAGAUGAGCAUGAUGAUGAUGAAGAAGAAGAAGAGAAAAAAAAAUAGGGAAAACCAAAAGUAGCGAAAGACAUUCAAGUGUGUUAUGAACGAAGAAUUCAAUCUAUUUUAAGCAAGAGAAAACACAACACAAAAAAAAAAUUAAAUAAAAAUGUCAUUUUAAAAUGUAAAGUAGAAGCAAACGAAUAAUUAAUAAAAUUAAUUUAUACGAAGCAGCGAAGUGGAAGGAGAAGAUGUUGAAGCGGGAUGGCAUGCACACAUUUAGAUCAAGACCAAGAUUAAACACGGAUAAGUGUUUCAAAUUGCGAUAACAAAUGCACGAUGUUUAGAGAGACGCGGUAUUUUUAAAUGGAAUAAUAAAAUGGAACAAAAAUUAAA